CAUCCCACCCAGCUUUUGAACCGCCAUGGAAAAACGGUGCCGGAAACGGUCUGGAUGACGUGGACUCCUGAUUCCUCGAAGGUGGAGAAGAUCAGGUCGGAUCUGCAAGCAGAAGCCUCGCAGCUGCGUGCUGAGCUAUGGGGUCUUUGCAACGGCAGCUUCGCUGCCACUGUGCCCAUGUGCGAGCAAGGCGACGGUCCCAGCAGCUGUCUCCGCGCGGAGCUGCUGAGCAUGACCAACGAGCGCGACGCGGCCUGGGCACGCUGCGAGGCGUUGGAGAGCAAGUUGGAGAUCGAAAGACUCACUGCCAGAGUUUGUGCCACAGAAGCUGUUGAAGUUCAAGCGACCUGCGAAGAGAGGCGCUCCGAGCUUCUGGAAGAGCUCACCGCAGCGGAGGUCGAGAACACGCAGCUGCGGCAGCUGGUGAAGCGUCAAGACUUCUCCACUCAGAGCUCGUUACUGCGAGAGAUUCACAGCAAGGUGCUGGCCUCGUUGUACCAGGGCGAAGAAUUGAAGCACCAGAUUCAUGCGGCCAAUGGAGGAAGCUCACCGCAGGGCCAGCAACUUCAACGAGUGAGGGGAAGUGCACUGACACCCUUGCAGCCUUGCGACUGGUUUGAGACGCAGGGCACUUCUUGCAGUCACCAGCGGCAGCUGUCGGACUUGACCGAACGCUUGCGUCUCAGCAACGACGAGUUGCAUGAGUGCGACUCAGAUCGGAUCCACUGGGCGCGACGAGCGCAGGAGCUGGAGAAGACUGUGGAGGAGUUGAAGUUGAAGUUGGCCAACAGCGAGGAACAGACUGCGAUGAUGCUGCAAGAGCGUGCUCAAGUCAAUGAGAAACGGAGGGAAACCGCGGAAGAACUGGCGGAACUUCGUGUGUGCCAUCUGGAAUCCGCGGCCUCACAAGCUGUGGAUUUGCAUCGAGCUUUUGAGGACCUCCCAUCACGGCCGCCAACGUCAACGGCACUGCCGGGGACGAAAUUGAAGCAUGCCAUACGAUGUGAGCCUUCGACCGCGUUGGAGCCGCUGGGGCGACGCCAAGAGGUUCCCAUGUUGCCGCCACCUAAGGUGGUGCGCGUGGUUGAGCAAAGAUCUCCGGCCACAAGUUUGGAGUCCCUCCCUCCGUAUAUGCGAGAUGCUGAAGCUGGUCCAGCUGCAGCUUCGACGACCGAGUUGCCACUGAAGAACUUCCAGUCUUUUUUGGAUGCCUCGGUGGAGGGUGAACCACAGGUACACUUGAGAUCCAGUCUGCCUGUUCCCCAAUCUUCCGGACAUUUCUAAUUCCGUGCCCUUAUCUUUUAGAUAGGAGUUCCAACAGAUGUCCCUUGUGGAAGUUGAC